AUGGCCGAGAAGAUUGGAUAUCAAACGACCAUCCUGCUCUCGGUCUGCUUCUUCUUGACGGUACUCUCCGAGAUGACACCAAAUACCUCCGAAGCCCUACCGUUAAUAGGUAUAUUUUUCUCAACCGUGACUGUGAUUCUCUCGUGCUCGACGGCGUUUACGAUUACUGUAUUGUCGCUGCGGUAUCGCCAGCCGGCAAAUCAUCAGAUGACCAGCGGGAUGCGAAAGCUGUUCCUCGAGUGGUUACCGUGGCUCUUGAUGAUGUACCGCCCCGGCCAUCGAUUCAAAUGUGGCCACUCCGAGCCGGACGACGUCUUGAAGGAGGUCGAGGAGGGCACUUCCGAGCCGGACCGCACCUCGCAGACCAUCACCGAGCCGGGCACCUCGUUCGAGCAGCCCGAAACGAUACUGGAUGUCCUCUGUGAUGUUCCGACGGAAAAACUGUUGUUGGAACGGAAGGUCGGCGACGGCAUCUUUUACACGCCCAACAGACAGGCAUCUAUCGAAUCUCGGCGUAGCGUGCAGUUGGAGAAGUAUCUGAAGAAAUGCGUCGAGACGAGCAGCGAACAGCGAAGCGAGGAGGGGGAGUACGCUAUCAAAGUCUACGAGUACUUUGCUGCCAUUAAUGCGCAGCUGAAGCGAAUACGGGGCGAGAUUGAGAAGAAUAGUCAGCUGCAGGAAGUGAUGGAGGAAUGGAAAUUCGCUGCCAUGUGCUUGGAUCGCCUGUGCCUAGUGGUGUUCUCCUCCUUCCUUUGCACAUCAAUCUUCGUCAUCUUCUACUCAGCCCCCUAUCUCAAUGCC